GGCGGAGUUUCUCGUUUCUGCUGGAAAAGUCUGUGGCUGGGCUGAGGGAAGUCAGAGUAGCCUUAUUGUUGGACGAAAGAGGAUACUCACCUGUUGACGAGCAGCGGUCUGAUUUCAAUACAGCUUUAAUCAACUCGGUUUCCGAUCUGAGAUUGUCCGAGUCUGAGCCUUCACCAUGACGGACACGCUUUUACCAAACGGCGUCAAAGACAGCGGAGGGGACAGCAAUUAUUUUACAAAGGGCUGUAACCCGUUCGCCCAGACUGGACGAAGCAAGCUGCAGAAUCAGCGAGCCAGUCUGAACCAGCAGAUCAUCAAGCAGAUGAGGAUGAGGGCUGGAGCUGAGAACCUGCUGAGGGCCACAUCUAACAACAAGGUUAAAGAGAUGGUCCUGUUGGAAUUGAGCUAUGUCAACUCCAACCUGCAGCUGCUGAUGGGAGAGCUGGAAGGACUGAACAGCUCAGUGGAGGUCUACCAGAACACCCAGGAAACAGCCAACAUCCCCUUAAUUGCUCUGGGUCUGAAGGAGACAAAAGAAGUUGACUUCUCCACUCUAUUCAAGGACUUCAUCUUGGAGCACUACAGUGAAGAUGGGAACAGUUAUGAAGAUGAGAUUGCUGAUCUCAUGGACCUGCGACAGGCUUGCAGAACGCCAAGUCGAAACGAGGCUGGGGUGGACCUGCUGGCAAAAUACUUCAGCCAUCUUCCCCUGAUGGAGGGCCGGUUCUUCUCCCCAAACCGCCAGACGGGUAUCUUCUUCACCUGGUACGACUCCUUCACAGGAGUGCCGGUAUGCCAACAGAACCUGUCACUGGAGAAGGCCAGCAUCCUCUUCAACAUGGCCGCCCUCUACUCUCAGAUCGGUACCCGUAGUGACCGACAGACAGUAGUUGGUUUAGAGAAGGCCACCUCUUCCUUCCAGAAAGCUGCAGGCCUCCUGAACCACCUGAAGGAGACAUUCACCCACACUCCCAGUUACGAUAUGAGUCCAGCCAUGCUCAGUAUGUUGAUUCGGAUGAUGCUUGCUCAGGCUCAGGAGUGUCUGUUUGAGAAGACUGCACUGCCCGGGAUCCGAAACCAGUUCUAUUCCCUGAUGAAAAUGGCCCAGGAGGCUGCAAAGGUGGCAGAAAUCUACGACCAAGUCCACCAGUCCAUGAUCCAGACACCAAUCAAAGACAAUGUCCCAUUCUUCUGGUCCACAAUGUCACAAGUCAAAACCAACCACUACCGCUCCAUGGCACAUUACUUUGUAGCCUCAGCGCUCUUAGACCACCAAUUGGAUUCCAGUGACGAUGAGGACCAGCAGGAGAAGACCUUGUCGCAGGUCUACGAUCGCCUUCCUGAGGGAGACUCUCCUCUAGACAUCCUGAAAAGUAAAGAUGAACGUGAACGCAUUGGUAAAGCACACAUUCGUCGGGCUAUCCUGGGUCAUGAGGAGGCUCUGAGGAUCUAUGCUCUAUGCCACCACUUGAACAAGCUAGACGCCCUGCAGGACAUUUUAAAAGCCAGUCACCAGCGCUCACUCAACAAGUACAGUGAACAUGAAAAUGAAGAAGAGUUUACUGACUACACAGAGGCCCCAGAUAUCAUCUCUAAAACAGAGCACAAAGCAGAGAUGGAGUUCCCUGCAACCACAAAGGUGAAAGUCACCGACUUCUUCCAGAGGCUGGGCCCUCUGUCAGUCUUCUCAGCCAAGCAGCGGUGGACAGCCCCACGGACAAUACAACUUCACCCAGAAGACAGAGACCUGGGCUUCACACUGAAAGGAGAAACACCAGUCCAGGUGGUUUCGUUGGAUCCCCUCUGCCCAGCUGCUGCUAAGGGUCUGAAAGAGGGUGACUACAUUGUUGCAGUGGGCGACACAGACUGCAAAUGGAUGGGCGUGAGUGAGGUGAUGCGGCUGCUGAAGGACGUAAACGAGGAGGGGAUCGACAUUCAGGUGGUCAGCAUGAUGGACAGUAACCCUCCAAUGCCUACCAAGAGCGCUACCUUCUGUGGAAACCUGCCUAAGACCUAUUCCAUGAUUUGUUUGGCCUAUGAUGACGACAACAAGAACCCCAAGUCCCGCAAAGUAACCAAGAAGUCAUCUUUCAUCAGCUGGGGUCUGAAGAACAAGCUGAAGAGCGCCAGCACCCUUAGCCUUCCCACAGCUGACCACUCCGGCGCCCUUCCCUGGAACAAACCCUGUCCCACCUUCCCCAGCUCUUACAACGACAGCGCACUCUACUAAGCAUCGUGCAGUACGCAGAUUAAGCCUGGUACGGCUCUAUACAGUACUGUGUUGUACCCAUACUGGACGUGCUAUGGUACAGUACCAGUGCCCUUUGUUGUUUCCACUGGAAUACUUAGCAGUAGUGUAUUUAGCUUGGAUGUCACCUAUGUAAUGAUGACAUUUCUUCCAGCUACCUUGGAAAGAGGACGUGCCAUAUACUGUUGCCUUUGUUGGUACUGUACAUGGGCACCUUCCCAGCACUGUGCAGUAUCUAAAGUAAACUGGACUGCUCACAAACAAUGGGAAAUCAUUCUGUACCGUGCCAGUAUGCGUACAGCACAGUACAACGGCACUGUAGUGGGGGGAAAAAACAGCUAUCAUUCCAGUCUAUACACACACACACACACACACACACACACACACACACACACACACACACACACACACACACACACACACACACACACCUGACAAAUGUCAUCUCAGUAUGUUUUCUUGAAGAAAUGCUCCAGACGAAUUGAAGGACGAAAACAAAGUUGUAUAAACACACCCAGCGUCGGUUGGUAUUUGAAAGCAAGGGCGUAAUUUUAUUGUGGUUUAAACGGUCCCAUGUUAGUUCCAUUGUAUACUGAUGUAGCUGUACACUGUGCAGUUAUGUUCUCUGUAUAUCCUCAGUGCAUGUCUGUUUCAUACUGUAUAUGUGAAGGAUCCUGCCAUUGCCAGGAUAUUUGUUGCAGUGAAUCGAUACUGUUCAGUUUUGGGGUUUGAAAUACAUAUAUGUUCUAAAUAGAUAUGUAGAUGUUCUGAACCUUGUUGCACUGUGUUAAACAGUAAUUGGGCCAAAACAAACUGUGCAGUUGUUUGUCUGGGGAGAGUUGAUGAAUGCAACGUUUUAUAAGCUGCUAAAAAAAUCACACACACACACACACACACACACACACACACACACACACACACACACACACACACACACACACACACACAAACAAACAAUGGUUAUGUAUUAUUGUCACUUUUGUAUUUGUGAGACAGCCUUUGUGGAUUAUUGUUUCUGCUUAGUGUCAUGCCUGGGACACAUUGUAAAUGGAAAUAUUGGUAUUUUAGGAUUGCUUAAUGUACCAGUUAUGCCACAGACCAAAAUGCCUCCAUGUCCCUGAUAUGCCAGGAUGUACCAUUUACCAUCCUACUCCUCUUACCCUGCAGUUUGUCCAUUUGUAAGAAGAGCAUUAGCUCUGUGUCUCUCUGUUAAUGUGAAUCUUUAUGUUGUUUAACAUUAUAUUGUCUCCAGAAGGGAAGAAUGUGGACAGACUGAUGACAUUCCUGCGUUUUAACUGAAUAGCCGGUCACCCAACAGUGACUACGAUCAAAGUCCACAGUCAGGUUUCUAUUUGUCUCCACUUGUCUUAAUCCUAGUCAUGUCCCACAUUUUACUGACACUUUGCAGUGUUGGACUAUGUCUUUAUCUACAAAGUAGAUUCCUAUACACAUUUGAUGAUUAAAUUAUUUAUGGAAUAAAAUGCACACAAAUAUAUAUAUAUAUAUAUAAAUUUACCUGUAAAGUUGUAGGUUUCAGUACUAGUUUGUGAAUGGUCAAGUGAAUUUUUGCACGUUGGAUUUCUUGGUUGGUUUCUUGAAGGAAUGUAUUUUACUAGCCUUGCUUAAUCCUUUGGUGAACUUAUAUACUGGUACAUUUUUUCUAUAAAAAGACAUUUUAAUGUAUGUGUUUUUCAACAGUAACACUGAGAAUAUGUAACACUCUUUACUGUCUGUUUACCUAAUGUGGUGUCUUAAGUGCCAUUUAUGCUAAAUCAUGAAAGUGUCACAAAUAUAUAAAAAUGUGCAGUAAUUGAUAUUAAUAAGUGCUAACUAAGUGUGCUAAAAGAGGCAUGUAUACCUACACAGAUGAUGCAUUUCACAGUGCAUAGUGAUUUUAAAUGCCUUCUAAAUAUAUGCGGAGGGUUAUGGUACCUGUUCUAGAGGUUUCAGGUUGCCUUUGGUUCUUUCUACGUACUUUGUGCUGCAUAGCAACUGUGGUAUGAAUGCUUCGGUUGUAAGUCUUUGUGUCAUAUGUGUAAACUAAAAUCUCAAUAAAAGAGGGGGACUAAACUAA